CUGCACCGGGACCUGCACCCGGAGCCGCUCCAGGCCCGGCCGCCCCUCGCCUCCCGCAGCGCCUGCGCACGGGGGGCGGCGGUCGCGCUCCGCCGGGGAGCCCCGGGCCGCGCCGGUAACUUCCGUCUCUGUUCUCGGGUACUUCCUUUCUGACUUUCAGUGGCAGAGAGAAACUAAAGACCUUGAAGAAAGACGCCUGCGGCCCCUUGCCUGGCAGUAACAAUGCUGCAGCGAUGAGAUUAUAGCGAGCCCUUCCUGUGUGGCUUCCAUGGGUCCCACUCAGCUCAGCACACAGGAUCAUGGGAAGAGGGUGGCAAGUGUAUUUGAGAUGGAGGAGGAAGAGCUUUCAUUCUUACCUGGCUCAGAAACCCCCCCUGAGCAAGCAGAAAAUCCCCCCCUGAAGCGGAAGAAGGGCCCAGCGCCGAAGAUGCUGGGCAAUGAAGUGUGCAGUGUGUGUGGGGACAAGGCCUCUGGCUUCCACUACAACGUGCUGAGCUGUGAAGGCUGCAAGGGCUUCUUCCGCCGCAGCAUCAUCAAGGGUGCACAGUACGUCUGCAAGAACGGUGGCAAGUGCGAGAUGGACAUGUACAUGCGGCGCAAGUGCCAGAAGUGCCGGCUGCGCAAGUGCCAGGAGGCAGGAAUGCGGGAGCAGUAUGUUCUGUCUGAAGAACAGAUCCGACUGAAGAAAAUGAAGAAGCAGGAAGAUGAUCAGGCUCGGACAGUGGUGGUGCGUCCAAACCCUCCGAAUCCGCCAAGCCCUUCCCACAAGCUGACCCCUGAACAGUUGAGCAUGAUAAAGAAGCUUGUGGCUGCUCAGCAGCAGUGCAACCAGCGCUCAUUCACUGACAGGCUCAAAGUGACGCCAUGGCCCCAAAUUCCAGACCCUAAUAACCGUGAAGCAAGGCAGCAGCGUUUUGCUCAUUUCACAGAACUUGCAAUUAUCUCUGUGCAAGAGAUUGUGGACUUUGCCAAGCAACUACCUGGCUUCCUGGAGCUCACUAGGGAAGAUCAGAUCGCUUUAUUGAAGACGUCUACCAUAGAGGUGAUGUUGUUGGAGACAUCUCGGCGCUACAAUCCGGAGAUUGAGAGCAUCACCUUUCUUAAGGACCUGAGCUAUAAUCGGGAUGACUUCGCCAAAGCAGGUCUGCAGUUUGAGUUCAUUAACCCCAUCUUUGAGUUCUCAAAGGGAAUGAAUGAGCUACAGCUGAACGAUGCCGAAUAUGCACUUUUAAUCGCCAUCAACAUUUUCUCUGCAGACCGACCGAAUGUGCAGGACCAGUCCCUGGUGGAGAGGCUGCAGCACACCUAUGUGGAAGCCCUUCAUUCUUACAUUUGUAUCAACAGACCAAAUGACCGCCUGAUGUUUCCACGGAUGUUAAUGAAGCUGGUCAGUCUUCGGACACUGAGCAGUGUCCACUCAGAACAGGUGUUUGCCCUUCGGCUGCAGGACAAGAAACUCCCUCCCCUGCUCUCAGAAAUCUGGGAUGUGCAUGAGUGACUGCAUGCUCCCAGGGCACUGACGUGCUGACAUAAUGCCAUCUCCCAGCCUUUGCUAAUGAGAAGCCAGCUUUCCCUCUCCAAAGCACUGAACUCUGGGCUCAGCAGUGCAGGGAGUGAUGAGCCUGGGGUUUCAGUGUUGUCAUGAGACUAUUCAGGAGGCAGCUGGGGUAGAUCAGAUUGGGGGGGUUGGUUUUAAUGUAGUGCCCAUACCCCAAAGGAAUGACACGAAACAUCUGGAUAUGGUAGAAAUGAAGACCUUACCCCAUCAUACACCUCUUCCUUCUGAGUCCUUCUCUUCUCUAAGCAUGUCUUGAGGGUUUGCCCAUUGAUACUCUCCUUUCUCUUGUUGAUUAAGAAAAUGCAUUUGCAGGAACUUGCCAAACCCUCUCUCUUGAGAGUAACCCAGCUCAAAAGGCUUCUGCAGGGUCCCCAGUGUACCUGGAUCUGAGGAGCUCAGGGAAGUCAAUGUGGAUGUUCUAGGGGUUUCACUGGGUUUCCUAUAAAUAAAAUCUCUCGUAUGUGCUGCCCUUUACAAUUCCAAGAGAAGUAGCUUGUUAUUUCUGUAUUAUGAGACUUCAUCUCUAGAGCUGCCCUUUCAUUCUGGCCCUCCUUUGGAAAAAGGAUUCCUCUAAUAUGUAGUGCCCUUCAUCUAACAGGGAGGUCCUCUGGAUAGGGAACGUUUGUACACCAGAAGGAUGUCAGGCAUAAAGUAGUGGAUUAUUUUUUUACUGUAAUACAUGACAGUUUUAUCUCAUGGUGGUUCUCAGCCAGUUCACUCUACCUUUGAGUUGCUAACAGCUGGAAAACUUUAACUCAGAACAAAUCAGGGCAUAGAUUUUAUCUUUAGGGGUGGAA